AUGUAGAGUUCCUCAUUGGCGGUAAGAGUUCAAAAAUUGGUAUUUGCAAGUAAGACCUUGGAGUAUAUAAAGUGUAUAAAAUGAGUAACUAAUAAUACGCCAUUGAUGGAAGAAGAAGGUACACUUGGAGGAAAAAUGGAGUUGCUCAAACUUUCCAGACUAAAACUCCAUCUUCGUGUCCUAAUAUCCGAGGUCAAAGAUCUUCGAGAAAGAGAACGGUCUUCAGGGGAGCGACUUCGUCUUUCAAUCCUGAAACAGAAGCAAUUGGAAGAGGAAUUCGGGAGGAAGUUGAAGGAAUUGGAAUCUGAACUCGCUUCGUCGAAUGAAGCGCGAGAAAAGUUGGAAAGAACAGUGAGUUAUCUCCAAAACGAUAAUGCUUUGCUUGAAAUCAAGCAAAAGGAUUUGAAUGCUACUGUGCAAAAUCUUUUACAAUCAAGGGAGCAAUUUGUUAAUGCUUACCAGGAAUCAACAAACGAUAUGAAACGUUCAAUUGAAGCAAGAGACCGGAAGCUCAAAUAUUUCUCAGAGAAGCUGAAGUCUCACUUGUUACUGUUUGAUUCUAUAGAAAAGGAGGCAUUGUGUGUAAAGCAAUUUGUUGAUAAUGUGCGGCAUGUAAUUAAUGACAAAGAGGAAAUAGUAAUUGGCUUAAAAAGAAAGUUUGAUGAGCUUCCUGAGGUUGAGAAAGUAUUUAUGGAAAAAAUAAAAGAGAUGGGAAAUAAACUUGGGAAUUACAAGGAUGAGCUGCAGAGAAAAGACAAGGUCAUUUAUGAAUUGGAAGCAAAGCUUGAAGCAGAAAGGAAUAGUAACAAAAGUCAAGCACAAUUAGAAAUUCUUCAGAGAUCUCUGUCAAAGAAGGAUGCUGUUAUACAAAAUUUAAUAUCAGAGAAGCAGGCUCUGGAUUCUGAAUUGAAGAGUUUAGCAAUUGCCUUAAGGAAGAUCCAGCAUGCUUUCAGAGAUAUGAAUGAGGAUAAAAAAGCAUUUUUGUCAAUAGCUGAAAGCGCAGAGAAAUGUAAGAAUCCCGGAGAAGAAAUGAGAAGGAUUGAAGAUUCCAAGGUUGACACGAGGAAGGAGUCUGAAUCUUUGCUUACUUUGGGAGGCUUUGGAGAAUUUCAAGAAACAAAUGAGACAGGAUUUCAUGCUGAAGAGCCUGCUAGCUCUAGAACACAGUCAGUUUGUUCUGUACCUGAAUCAGCUACUACUGCUCAAACCAAGCCCAUUAAUGAAGCAAAGUAUGUUUGCAUGAUUACAGCAUGCCCAGAGGAAUCAGAGUGCUCAACAACUCAAGCAGAAGCUUCAGAAUGUGCUGGCUAGGUUCCAACUAAUCAUACCAUAUAGGAAAAGAAAUAUGCAGCCUACUAUCAAAUUCGCGCAAGGCUUCUGAAUUAGGUCAGAAUUUGCUGAACCUCUUACUACAUAAAUCUCUCCUGAUCGCGGGUCAACCAGCUGGAGCUAUCACUUGUUUCCCUACCGAAUUUUAUCAUUGAGGAAGGUUACAUAUCCCGUAAGUGUCGUAAUUGCAAAGAGUGUUUGAUCUGGCCUGUAAUGUCAAUGCUUAAGACAGGUUAGUUAGCUCAGACUUAUUCUUUGAGAUAGAUUUUGCUAUAUAUUGCACCUUCAAAUUUUUUUAGGGGAUUUGGGGGACGGGUUUUGAACACUAGUGGCAAUGCCAAUGAUCUCAAUAUUGCGGAAUUGCAGUGCGGUAAUGUGUAUAUUCUCUUUAUUCUAACAUCCAAGCAUUAAGGUUUAUCA